UGCCCUUGAAAUCUUCCCCAGAGUCGUGAGUUUUGAUUCCCCACCCUUCUCCUCCACAGAAUUGGUCUUCCUCUCAUCACCUCGACACCAUCCCAAGUGGUCUUGCUCUUCUAUCCUUGAGGCAUUGUCCUUCAUCAAACCUUCUUCUUCAUCUUUUGUUACUUUGUCCUUGUUAGCAAACAUCAAGUAGUGACGCAAGUACAUUGUUAGCACCUCCAAUAUAAUUCACAACAAUCCCAAGAUGGAUAGGAAGACAGACGACAAGAUCGGCGUCGACGCAUCGUCAGGAUCUAACGUGCACCAAGAAAUCAUCGGCAGCAUGCAUGACAGCCAAAAUGCCUUCGGCACCCGGGAGCCCUACGGCCCUGCUGGGUUCAGAGGGUUGUUCACCAACCACUACGUAGCCAUGUGUGCGACAUUCGCCACCAUUGGUGGUCUGCUGUUUGGAUAUGAUCAAGGUGUUAUUUCCGUGACAUUGGUCAUGGAGCAGUUUCUCGAGGAAUUCCCACGUGUCUCUGAGACGGCUUCCGGUGCUGGAUUCUGGAAGGGUCUCAUGACGGCUAUGUUGGAAUUGGGUGCCUUGAUCGGUGCCUUGUUCUCAGGUUAUCUCGCCGAUCGAUUGAGCCGCAAGUACUCCAUCAUGGUCGCUGUCGUUGUCUUCACUGUUGGUUCGGUUCUCCAGACUGCCGCCGUCGAAUACGGUAUGCUCACUGUUGGACGUCUGAUCGGCGGUGCCGGAAUCGGAAUGCUUGCCACCAUCGCCCCACUGUACAUUUCGGAAAUCGCACCCCCUGAGAUCCGAGGAGCUCUUCUCGUGCUCCAAGAGUUUAGCAUCGUCUUGGGCAUCGUCGUCGCCUUCUGGACCACCUACGGCACCCGCUACAUGUCGAGCGAUUGGUCGUGGCGCCUCCCCUUCCUCAUCCAGAUGAUCCCCGGCUUCAUCCUCAUCGUCGGAAUCUGGUUCCUCCCCUUCUCCCCCCGCUGGCUCGCCUCGAAAGGCCGCGACCAGGAGUCUCUCGAGAACCUGGCCAGGCUCCGCCGCCUCCCGACCAACGACCCCCGCGUGUACCAGGAGUGGUGCGAGAUCCGCGCCGAAGCCGCCUUCAACAAGGAGGUCAGCGCCGAGCGUCACCCCAGCCUCCAGGAGCCCACGCGCAGCAACCGCUACAAGCUCGAGGUCUCGUCGUGGCUCGACUGCUUCCGCGCGGGAUGCUGGAGGCGCACGCUCGUCGGUGUUGGCAUCAUGUUCUUCCAGCAAUUCGUCGGUAUCAACGCACUUAUCUACUAUUCCCCUAGCCUGUUCGCCACCUUGGGCCAGGACUACGAGAUGCAGCUCCUCCUCUCCGGCAUUAUCAACGUGACCCAGCUCGUCGGCGUCGUCACCUCCCUCUGGACCAUGGACGGCUUCGGUCGCCGGCCCUUGCUCCUCGGCGGCGCCUUGCUCAUGUUCAUCUCCCAUCUGAUCAUCGCGGUGCUCGUUGGCAAGUUCGGCCACGACUGGGCCACGUACUCCACCCAAGGUUGGGUCGCCGUCGCUUUCCUCUUCUUCUACAUGUUCUCUUUCGGCGCUACUUGGGGACCCGUCCCAUGGAGUGUGCCAUCCGAAAUCUUCCCCAGCUCUCUCCGCGCAAAGGGUGUCGCCCUGUCAACUUGCUCCAACUGGCUAAACAACUUCAUCAUCGGCCUCAUCACCCCGCCGAUGAUCCAAAACACAGGCUACGGCGCGUACACCUUCUUCGCCGUCUUCUGCCUCCUCGCCUUCGUCUUCACCUACUUCUUCAUCCCGGAGACCAAGGGCGUCAGCCUCGAGCAGAUGGACGCGGUGUUCAAGGACGUGUCGAGCGUCGCCGACGAGGAGCGCAAGGCGCGUAUCGAGCGCGACAUCUUUGAGAGCAGCGCGGAGCAGCGGGCUAUGCAUAAGGCGUAGAGUCGCUUUGGCCUGCCUUGCCUUGCCCCGACUCGCCGUUUGGGUGGGUAGGUCAGGGGGAGAGAUGUGUGAGGAGAGGGAGGAGGGGGAGAGGGAGUUGAGAAAAGACGUUUCUCAUAGUAAUGAUAGGAACGCCAUUAUUCAUGAGAUAGACGACAUACAAA